CUGCCAGUGAGCCAGCAGUGUGCGCAGUGGUGGGAGGAAAAGAAAAGGUGGGAAAUUAUAGAGAAAUGAGGAAUUAUUAUGUAGCAAUAUGAGUGAUUUAGUGAGCAAAGUUAAUGUAACUUAUAUUUGGGAUGUAUCAUCGAGGUAAAGUGUUAGAUUUGAUUUUGAGUAAAGAGCGUCGCUAGCGACGUUGUCACCGACAAACGACGACUGAAUUUCAGUCAGGACUUCAGGAGACUUGCUUGAAUACACACCGUGCAUUUGUGAAGGCUCCGACUCGAGUCAGUUCACUUUUACUUUCAUUUGUGGCGCAACCUAGUGUUGAAAACUCGUGCCCCAAAAAUACACAACACUCGACGCGAGGGCAGGACAGCGAGAAGACGCGAUUGAGCGCGGUGCAUCUGGUUACGGCGAUUCUGUAGUGGUAGUGUGGUGGAGCUAUGGCUCAGUGGUAUGGUGGUGUACUCUAUUUUGGUGCUCGCGCCCACCCCCAGGAUAUACAACCCGCGGGAACCCCUUAAGGACUAAAUUUUACUCCGGGUUGUCCUUCUCCAAAUUACAAAAUUCGCCAUGUACUCGGAGGACCAAGAAUCGCACGGCCUAUUAACCUUGCAUUAUGGCAAACACCAUGCUACCAUAGUUGACGAAAUUAAAACUUGCUUUGCUUCAGAGAAUUACGCCGACAUGACAUUCGUAUGUGACGACAAGACAACGCUGAGUGCUCACAAGUUGAUAAUGGCGUCCGCAAGUCCUCUAGUUCGCCGCAUACUCGGAGAGAGUGCCCAUGCUCAUGGACCCAGCGUUGUCCUCAUCCCUGGAAUUAAGAGUAACCACCUCCGCCACCUUUUGGAUUUCCUCUACAAUGGACAAGCUUGCAUCAAGUCGAGUGAACUGGAUAGUAUUCAAGAGCUAUUUGAGUUACUCCAGAUCAAAUCGGAUAUAUGGCAGUCUUCUGGCUCUGAAGAGGCCAAAACUCAGUCCGAAGAUGACAGCAGCUGGACUGCUCAAGACAAUGAAAACUCCGAUCCAGUCACAGUGAAAAAAGAAACGGACGACGACGAGAAAGAAGAGGGAGAAAUUAAAGAUGAUGACGAUGAUACGACAGAUGAUAACAACUUAGAAGAACAAAAUGAUGGAUCUCCGAACCCAGUGAACUUGUCAUUGAACACGAAGAAUCUAAAUAAUGACGAAAAAUCAGAUGACUAUGAUAAUAGUUCGGAUAAGUCGGAUCAGAAGAAUUCAGAUGUGCUAAAAAUAGGCCAGUCAACCGUCAAGAUAGCUUCUAAGGUUCAUGAACUUUCUCAGUUUCACCAGAAUCGAAUGAAACGAAAAAGUGUGUACAUAGAACCAAUCGACCUCAAACAUCAAGACGAACUGUCUCAACUGAAGCCCCCCAUAGCUGAUCAAAAGUUGAUCUCGCUGGUUCACAGUCCAGACAAUUAUGUGGUGACUCCGCACAGAAAAAGAAGACCAGGUUUUUACAACGCUCCAGCACAAAACACCGCAUUUGUUCCUUUCUCUCCGUCGUACAUAGAUGAUGCGACACAUCAUCACCUUAGAUAUAAGAAUCUUCCUCCGCUACUGGCAGCUCACCAUCCGCUUUCCCUGUCUGCGCCUCCAUAUUUAGUAGAUCGAACACAUACACCAACGCCAGGCCAGCAUCCAGACACUUCCGGAGCAGCAGACAACGUAGUAGUUAAGUAUAGACCACCUAGUGCAGAUCAGGGAUUGGCCGCGGAUUCUUACCAAGCAUUCGAGCAUACGUGGGGCGCGUGGUCCCUAUGCCAAACCCAAGUGAAUGCUCCUUCAGGAAAUGAAGACUCUCGAGAACCUCCCCCUUCGUUUUCCACCAGCAGCAAUGACGAUGCAGCUGAAAGUUCUUCUCACGCAACGGGUAGUAAACAAUCGUUACCGGCAGUUCAAGUUCGGGAGUAUCGGUGUGAAUAUUGUGGUAAACAGUUCGGUAUGUCAUGGAAUCUCAAGACUCAUUUACGUGUUCAUACUGGGGAAAAACCUUUCGCGUGUAGAUUGUGCGUGGCGAUGUUUAAACAAAAAGCACAUUUAUUGAAACACUUGUGUUCAGUGCAUAGGAAUGUUAUAUCGUCGAAUGACGGCAAUUCCGGCCGGUUCAACUGUUGCUUCUGUCCAUUAUCAUUCGAAUCUCUACCAGAAUUAAUAAGACAUUUAUCGGGACCCCAUAAUAACUUGCUUCUGAGCAAAAACAUGCACGAACUUAAGUAGCACAACAAAUUACAUUCCAUUGCCCACUGAUGAGGUCGUAAAUAAUAUUUGGUACGACACCAUCUUGUGAUAUACUGAUCCUGAUCAGUGCCUUUUCUUGUAUCUCGUGUGGACGUAGUUAUAGUCGGUUAACCUCAGGGAUAUCUAGAGAAUAAUAUCCCAGGAGCUGCAGGCACGCAAGUGUCGGGACCAAUUGUGCCUUUUUUCCACUAUAAUCGACGCCCUCCGUCUAAAAAUGUGUUAAUAGUUUUAUUGCCUAGACAUAAUUUCAACCGUUGUGUUCAAUUUGACUUUACGUACCUAAGCUACGCGUGGUGUGUAUGACAGGUGAUUUUUAAAUGUUUGUUUUGCUUUUUCGGCUGGUCCGAUUUUCAGAUCAGAUGUUUUUAAUUUUAUUCCUAAAUUAUUCCAAGCAUCCACUGUUAUAUACAUCACAAGUUGAUAAUUAUUAUUGUAUGCAUUAAUGAAAAAUGCCAACUAAAACAAAAUCACAAAAAUAUACAACGACAAUCAAAUCCAUCAACUGGUAAGGUUAAAGACUAUAUACCAUUCCAGGUCACGUGACUUUGACAGCGUCGCUGAGGAGCAAAAAUUGUGUUUUUUGUGUUCUUUUUGCUAUUUUCUCGUUUUAUUAUAAGAAAUCUGCGGUUUUAACUACAACAAUUUCAAAUAUUAGAUAUAGGACACCCUCAUAGGGGAUGCAAAAACCCGGUAUAAUCAGAAAAUCAGUUUUCUUGACCCAUAUCGUCGUUCUGUUUACAGUGCAUUGUGAUUAUAGUGAUUUAAAACAUCUCGGUCUUUAAAUGCGGCUGGUGUUAUAAAAAAAACUCACUUUAUCUCUUUUACUUUUACUGGAACACUUUACAACUGAACAAAACGCUGGUAUUUUAAUCAUAUUCUUAAAUUAAAAAAUGGUUUUCUACACUUAACCUACUUUGUUUACAAGAUCUUUGCCCUCCAGUCGCUGUCAAAUGACGUCACCCUGAAAUGGUCUAUACUACUUUCAUUUCCAAGCUAAGCUCAGACACGUGAUCGAUGGGUGUGUCGUGUCGUCGCAGCUUCUUCGCAGGUUCUUCUUCUUUGGUUACCGUCUCUAAGGAGAUUGGUAAUCAUCACAGCAAUUUUCACUUUUGAGAUUGCAGCUCUGAGCAAGUCGACAGAACUGCAAUUAUACCACUUUCUUAGAUUAUUGAGCCAGGAAAUGCGUCUUCUUCCAAUACUUCGUUUUCCCUGCGUUAUGGUUUGCAGCAACACAUAUUUAUCCCUUCUCAUAAUGUGGCCGAGAUAUUGUAACUUUCUUAUCUUAACCGUAUUCAUGAUUUCCUUUUCCUUUUUCAUCUUUCUGAGGACCUCAACAUCUACCAAACUUAUGUUUAAUAUUCUUCGGUAGGCCCACAUCUCGAAUGCUUCACGUCGAUCGCUUAUUUCUUUCUUUGUGGUCCAGGCCUCCACCCCAUACAGCAGCACCGAAAACACAUAUGAACGUAAUAUUCUUAUUUUGAUUUGCAAACUAAGAUCUCUACUGCAUAAUACUUUUCUCAUCUUGCUAAAUGUUGCUGUAGCUUGUCCAAUUCUCAUUUUUAUUUCUUCUGUAUACUCGUUAUUUUCAUUAAAAUUGUACCAAGAUAUCUGUAUUUUUUCUUUUGGCACCCCUCUUAUAUCAUUGGUUAGAAACUAUGUAAUUUCUAACACUGCGACAAACUGCGACGACACAACACACCUACCGAUCAGACGUCUGAAACUGACGUCUCAGCUUAUCUUGGGAAUGAACCUAGUAUAGAGAAAAUAAAUGCCAAAUAUUUUUAGAUGCCAAAAAGAUCAGAUAAUAGUCCAAGUUUAUAUAAUACCUGAAAGAAGUCCACUGACGUUUAACACGAUCUUGAGUAUCUUGAGUAUAUUUGAUAAAUAAUGAAAAAUUUAUUACGAUCUGGUUAGAAUCAUCACCUGAACAAUAGUUUUACGGGGAGUAUGCUCUAUCCUGCCAUUUUUUCGAUUUAACCUCCCCCCGUCACCUUCAGCAAGAGACUAGCCCUAGAUUAACAAUGAUACUUCUGCCAUUAGCACUUGCUACUACCGAUCAACCUAAAAGUAGUUAUCUGUGUUCAAAUGUGUCCAAAAACAUCGAAUAACUCUAAGUAACUUUACAUGUACUGUCUAUGAUUUUCUUACAAUUUUAACAAAACUGUGUAUUAGUACGUUCUUUAACGGUAAAAUAUUGCAAAACCUCUAAAUUUUAAAGAACCGCUUGGAUUGACAUGAAAUUUGGCAUACACAUAUCUAACAAGUCAAAGAAAAAAAGUGAUAUUGUGCCGAUGUGUGCUUUUGCCCUGGGGGUGGUUCUCACGCCCUCUUGGGGGUGAAAAAAUAUACGACCAAAGUAAGUCCGGAAAUGGAUAAACUGACUAAUUAUAAGCAACUUUUGUUCUAUAAAGUUUUUUCAUUAAGUCAAUAUUUUUCGAGUUAUUUGCCAGUGAAUAUGUUCAUUUUUUCAACAAAAUAACCACGCUUUUAGACAGUUUUUCGCAAAUAACUCAAAAACUAAGUAUUUUGAAAAACAUUCAUAGCAAGAAUAUAGCCCGUAAAAAAUUUUAAAAAUUGGUGUAUAUAUUACGUCUCUAUACCUAGUAGAAGCAGAGUUAUAGCUAAUGAAAAAUAGGUUCAUAUUCGUCAAAUUCCAAAUGGAAUACUUUAACGUGAAAUAACCAAAAAUGAAGCACAUUUCGGGGAAAACUCAUUACAACUUAUUUAAAGUGUUUAAAAAAAGCUUCAUUUUUGUUUUAUAAAAAAAAGUAGCAUCAAAAGUAAACAACUUACGCUCAAAAUACAGUUAGUCCCUUUUUUUGGUAAAAAAAUCGGAAAAAUCACCUCCUAAUUAGUAUCUAAAAUGAACUUAAUCGUUACGACUUCACAAGUUUCUUGACUCUUGAACUUAUAAUCUAUUUUUUAUAUGAUCUGUAAGUUUCAUCGGUUCAAAGUCCUUAUUUUUUAAAGGGCUGUAGUUAAAAGGGGUUGAACGAGUCACUGAUCACGAAUGUAUGCAAAUUUAGAAACAUCAAAUCUUAAUCAAUUUUUGUCUUACAGAAAAACAAAAGAAUACAGGAUAUUCAGAAAAGCAAUGCUGACUUUUUUUGUUUUUUGAGAUUUUUGGUAUCUCUAACAAUUUUUAAGUUAUUUUGAAAAAAAGCAUAUUUUUCAAAAUAACAUUUUUUGGGAAUUUUACUUUGAAACCAAAUUUUUUCAAAAACAAGCACUUUAAAUCGAUGAACCUUACAGAUUAUAUAAACACAAUAUAAGUAAAAUAAUUUGUGGAGCGGUAACGACUAAUUUCAUUUAAGUUGCUAAUUAGGGGGUGGUCUUCCCGAUUUUUUUUUUGCCAAAACAAAAGGGACCAACUUUAUUUUGAGCGUAACUUGCUUAAAUUUGAUGCUAGAAACUUUUUAUAAAAACAGAAUAAAAGCUAUUUUUAAACACUUUAAAAAAGUUAUAAUGGGUUUUCCCCGAAAAGUGCUUAAUUUUUUGGAUAUUUCACGUCGAAAUAUUCGAUUUGAAAUUUGGCGAAUAUGAACCCAUUUUUCAUUGGCUAUAACUCUGGUUCUACGAGGUCCAGAGACCUCACGCGUACACCAUUUUUUUUACUUUUUUUACAGGCUAUAUUUUUGCUAAGAAGGCUUUUUUCGGAAAAAUACUUAAUUUUUGAGUUAUUUGCGAGAAACCGUCUAAAAAUGUAGUUAUUUUGUUGAAAAAUGAACAUAUUCACUCGAAAAUAACUCGAAAAGUGUUGACUUGGCGAAAAAGCUCUAUAGAGCAAAAGUUACUUAAAAUUUAGUCAGUUUAUCCAUUUCAGGACUUAUUUUGGACAUAAGUAUAUUUUUCACCCCUAAGUGGGGGUGAAAGUCACCCCCAGGGCAAAAGCACACAUUGGCACAAUAUCACUUUUUUUCUUUGACAUGUAAGCUAUGCGUAUGCCAAAUUUCAUGUCAAUUCAAGCGGUUCUUUAAAAUUUAGAGCAAAAACCGUGAAAGAAUGUACUAUAUGUACGGAUGUGUAAAUAUAUCCUUCAUAAGCCUUACGUACUUCUCCGUAACCCAUUUCUUUCUCAUACGUAUCAGAAAAAGCUCUUGUCUAGGAUCAGUAUCGUAUGCCUUUUCAAGAUCUAUAAAUACCAAAUGUAGCUCUCUUUUCUUCUCGCCCAAUUUUUCUAUCAACUGCCUCAAAGCAAAUAAAGCAUCCAUUGUCCUCCUUUCUGGCAUAAACCUAAACUCUUCUCCAAUCGAUGUCUCCUUCCUUAAUCUAUAUAGUCCUCUCCCAACUUUUCAUUGUAUGCGAGAUUAACUUUAUCCCUCUAUAGCUCAGUUGGUUCAGUAGAAGCCUCUCGCACAGGAUCGCAGCCAAUAGAGACAACAAGCUAACAAUAUCUAGAGCAGCUUUCUAAAGUACUCAUGCCAUCUUUUCUUUAUCAUUUGGCCUUAACACUCUUCAAUCCACACUCUUAAUCUGCCGCCCGUAAGUCAAGUCUUUUGAUUACUUUUAUUGACUUGUUACUUGCUUUAGCAAUGCCGUAUAACCCUCCUUAAGUGAUUCUAGCGGUCCACACCAUACUUCUUUACAAAAGAUCUUUCCUUGGCAUUAGCUACAGCGCGCUUUCAUUCCCCUCUUUGUUACUUUGUAGGUAUGUAUAAUAUGUAUAUCCUUAUUCAGAUGGACCCUUAUUAUUCGAUCACUUCUUCUGGUUACUCUUAUUUGAUGUUUUUUCCAUUCGUUGUUCAAAAUAACACUUAUUCCAUUUGUGCCAUGACUGUUGGGGUUAGCACUACUGUAUAUUAACUUGCAUCCAUCUCCAAGAUCUCUCAAUUGAUUACCUUUUCAACGAGUUUCUUACACACAAACUACACCAAUCCUCUCCUCUGCGUGAAAUCGGCGAGCUUUCUUCUUUACCUGUCAUACUUCCUUGAGAGUUGCAAUCCUCAGGACUAGCUUCUUUGCCCCUUCUGUUCUCUAAAAGGUAGCCCUCCUAGCUCACUUUUCGCAGGAGUCAGGCGCCCUAGUACCUAAACUGUUUUCUUCAUUUCUUGUUUUCAUGGUUUUAGCAAGGUUUUUUACUGCUCAAUGCACUUCCUUAUUCAAACUCUCCUCCUGUAUUAGUUGUAUAUUGUUGUCGUUAUGUUACCUAUGAUUUUCUUUCACGAUGCACAAAAAUAUAUAAAAUAAAUGCCUAUCAACAUGAAGUUACUUGUUUUCUGCAAGUAUAGGAUGAUUUUCGAAAAAAUUUAUCAGAGAAACAAUUUGGUUAUCUCGCAUUAAUCUUGUUUCGUGGUCCAAAUACACUUAUUUUCCCACAACUUCUAUGGGCGACUUCUCGAUUUCUAUUAGCUCAUUGGGGAAGAGGUUCGUCACCAUUUUUGUUUUCCCAUAGUUUGUUUAUGAAAGGACUCUCUCCGUUACCUGCUGUAAUUAUUGUUGUAGCAUAAUUCUGGCUUCUCUUAAGUCAUCUGUCGUGAGAACAAUGUCAUCGGAAUAUCUGAGAUGAUUUAGUUUCUUUCCAUCGAUGUUAAUAACCUUUGAGUCGCACCCUAAUCCUUAAAAUGCGUACUCCAUGACUGUUAUAAAUAGUUUUGGCGACAAAGUAUCUCCCUGCUGCACUCCUCUGUCAAUUUUCAUCUUCUCAGUACUACAUCCUUAUGAAGAACAAAAGAUAGUGGAGAAACUUUAUAUAGAUCUGUUAUAUCGUUAAAUUUCUUUGUUGUUUUGUAUAUAAUUAGUAAAAUAAGAGUAAAAUUCUUGACAGUUUUUUGAAAACAAGUAUAUAUACCAGUUGAACUGUGAUCGUCUAUGUGUUGUAUUCAAAAUUACUCGAAAACUCAUCUAGGCAUUUUUUGUUUUUGUAUGUAACAUUUGUAUAAUACUUGCUUAUAAAGUUUUUACUAUAAAACUGGAACAUGAUAAUGAUCGUAUAUUUUUUUAAUAUACACACCAAAGAAGUAAAAAUUAAGAUGAAAUAUACAAUUUCUGUGUAAGUUAUUAUCUCUCUUAAAAAUCUCUCUGAAUGUUAUUUUUUAUUCAACAGCAUCCUGGACUCACCUGGAGCAUACCUAGAUUUUUAGCGUCCUCAUUUGGCCCAUUUUUAGAAGUUUUUUAAUUUUUUUUAGAAUACGCACUAAUUUUAUAAAAAAAAAUCUUUUUCAAACGAAUUCUUUCGGCACGAUUGAACGUGGUACAAAUGCGGUAACGUAGUUUUUUGUUAGAUUUGUUAACUGUAAAUAAUUAAUUAGCCUGUAUAUAGUGUAAGAAAUAAAAACAUGUUUUUUCUUGUA